AUGGUUCACAACAACGUCGUUCUUCUUGUUUUUAUUUUCAUCACAGUUAUUCAAACUGAAGCGUUUUCUGCGUUAACGGACCAUGACUCCCACAACAGAACUAGUAGAAACAAAAGUGAAUUGGAUUAUAGAACUGUGGACGUAUUUAGACAACUUCUUAAUCAAGAGACUAUUAUCAGAAUGACUUUAGUCCAAAAUGUACAUGUGCUCAUGAAAGACAUGUUGAUAAUGCAGGAAAAACUCGCAAAAGCCGAAAACAAGAUUUCCGAUAUUAAGACAUCGACAAAUAAUGAAAUUAUAGAGCUGCAAAAAGAAGUCAAUUUUCUGAAAACUGAAAACGGAUUAUUAAAAAAUUACAGUGUUUCAUUCCUAAAUGAUUUACAGGAAUUAGAUAAAAACUUGAAUAACGUUUCAAACACAAUAAAUGAUGUAAAAACAGAAGUUCGAUAUUUGUCUAUAAGAUUGUCUGAUAUCAACACUCACUCACGCGAAAUGGCUGAAAUGUUACAGCAGUUCAACGUUUCAAUGGAGGAUACAAAACAAGGCACAGUGGAAGGCCAACGAAAUCUAUCAGCAACACUAUCAGAGCUGGAAGCACGACACAGGCAAGCCUUCGAUGACAUUCGUAACACCACAGUGACCUUCCAGGCUGACCUUGACCAGUAUAAAACGGAUUGUAUGAAUUUAUCAGUGUCUGUGUCUGCACUGGAACGUUUCCGUGAUAAUCAAACGAACACUCAAAGUGAUCCAAAUCAAGAAGUGGCUUUCACAGCUGCAGUUACAUCGCCCAGCCCAACUUGGAAUUCGGGGACUUUGAUAUUCGAUGUUGUCAUAACGAAUGUCGGAAAUGGAUACAACCUGAACACAGGGGUGUUUACCACUCCCAAAGAAGGAACUUAUGUCUUCUAUGUUAGUGCUUUAGAAUACAUAACACAGUAUCUUAAAAUAGAUAUAGUAUUGAACAGCGUAUCUAAAGUCCGAGCGGUAAGUGAUAGUUCUGCAUCUUACCAGACAGCAACUAACAUGGUCGUGUUAAAUCUACAGAAGGGAGACAGAGUCUGGGUGAGACAUCUUUAUGGAAAAGGUUAUACAAGCGCUGAUGUACCCGAAACAACAUUUUCGGGGUUUCUGAUUUCAUAGUUUUUAUAUAAUUACACAAAGUAUGAUUUUUAUACAUAGACGUUUUGAACUGUGAAUUUUUUUCCACAAAAAAGAGAAAAUAUGCAUUUGCUUCAAUUUUUAACUCAAAUCACUAUGUGCAUUGUGUUAUGAUUUUUUACUUAUCAAGCAAAGAAUAAUUGAUACUUUUGUACAAACUCUUUUUGCAGAUAUGAAUAGUUCAUCUAGAUGUAUGUUAUAUAAAAAUAUUAUUGACCAUUUUUCACUGCAAUAUUAUUUGGUGAAACCCAUUCCUUGUAUUUACAAAAAACAACUCAGUAAAAUCAGAAUGUCAUCACAUAAUUUUUCCAUAGAAAGUGGACGCCACAGAAAUAUUUUGCAAAAUAACAGAAUAUGUGAAUUUUGUAGAUCC